AGAGAAGGGAGCAGGGAAAAGAGACCAAAAGAGGGACAGUUUUCUGAGCAGCUGGAAAGAAGUUGGAACUCGGCGGCGAUACUGAAGAUCCUCGAUGGCCAGGGUCGAUUUCACGAAGGGCUGCUGCGUCGUCACUGCUCUGUUUAUUGUCGAGUAUGCAACCGGCCGUGCAUUCGCCAACAUGAGCGAUUGGAAAAACCGCCCAGCACAAGUGCGAACUCGACCGGCGAGUUCUACCUCAAACAUUUACCGGGACGGGUCCAUCACUACCCGGACGAAGCAAGGAGGCAUCAUGAGUGAGAAGACAAAGGUGGAGGAUUACCGAGACUUUUGUUAUACCGAAAUCAGUCAGUCUUAGCGACGGGGCGUCCGGGGUAGUAAGCAUUCAGACAUGCAGCUUUCGGGAGACAUACUUCGAGGAGCAAUAUGAGGCCUGAGGCCUCAGUCU